CAGUAUGACAUGCAGAUGAGUGCCGUCGAUCUUAGAAUCACCGCACACUUCACUCAUUUGGGCAGUCACGGGGCCAAAACCAGAGUGUGGAGCCACAGUGUGGCGGUGGAGGCAGCAGCAAUGGGAGGCCAUACAGCACCCUAUGACAAAAAUGGAAACCACCAGCAGUGUGAGGAGACCUGAAAGUGGCACAUGGCAGAGUUGUGGCGAUGGAGACAGCAGCAAUGGGAGGCCGUACAGGGACCCAUGAGACACUGUGGACCUGGCAGCAGCAUGAGGAGGCGGUACAGGGGCCCAUGGCAGAUUAGGGGCCUGGCAGCAGCUAUGGGAGGCCCGUAAUCUGCCAGCACCCUAUGACAAAAAAUGGAACACACCAGCAGUGUGAGGAGACCUGAAAGUGGCACAU